AAAAAGAAGAAAGGCAAUACUAUUUCUACAUAUGAGGAAGGCGUUCAACCGCCAUCUCUCUCUCAUUCAUGUUUAAGAAAACAAGUGGUUUGGCAGGUUAUCGACGACUAAUUCGCCAAGGUCUUACCCUGGCUUGGAAUCGAGGAAGAAGACUUUUGUGGCUCUCACCAAACCCUCAAAAUUUUCCAAUUCAUGCUUUGGUGUAAGCCCUAGAACCUCAUCUCUGCAACUUGAGACUCUCCAUUUCCAUUUCUUCCACUCCUAUUUCAUGCUCUCAAUCUCUAAACUACACGGUCAUAACUUCAUGUAAUUUGAAGCUCCAGGUGCUGGUUUCUUCACUCUUUCUUUGUGCAGCGAGGAGUACCUUGAAGAAAGUCUUUGACCAUGGCUGCUUCACUCGUUGAAAGGGCAACCAGUGAUAUGCUCAUUGGUCCUGACUGGGGGAUGAACAUUGAGAUCUGUGACAUCAUCAAUAUGGAUCCUGGCCAAACCAAGGAUGCCAUGAAAACAGUUAAGAAGCGUCUUGGAAGUAAAAAUCCCAAAAUACAACUUCUCGUGCUCACUGUGUUAGAGACUAUGACCAAAAACUGUGGGGACAGCGUUCUUGUACAAAUCAUUGAGCGUGAUAUUUUGCAUGAAAUGGUUAAAAUUGUGAAGAAAAAGCCUGACUUAAAUGUGAGGGAAAAAAUAUUGGUUCUUCUAGACGCUUGGCAGGAAGCAUUUGGGGGACCUUCAGGAAAAUAUCCUCAGUUCUAUGCUGCUUAUCAGGAAUUAAAGAAUGCUGGAGUGGAAUACCCACCUCGCAUGGCAAAUGCAGGACCCCUUUUUACUCCCCUCCAAAACCAUCCUCGGGUUACCUUGCUGCAUUCUUCUGGUGGAGAAAUGUUUGAAGGCGGAGUUAUUGGUACAGGUCUUCAGUCUGAUGCUUCUGAUAUCAGCAUGGCAGAGAUUCAAAAUGCUCGGAGUGUGGCUGACAUAUUAAUGGAGAUGCUUAAUGCAUUGGAUCCUAGCAAUACUGAGGGAGUAAAGGAAGAGCUUAUUGUAGAUCUUGUUGAACAGUGCAAGGCUUAUCAAAAACAAGUCAUGCUUUUGGUGAACAGUACAUCAGAUGAAGAACUUCUCAGUCAGGGUCUAAUGCUGAAUGACGAGCUGCAGUGUGUGCUAUGUAAGCAUGAUGGACUUUUGAAAGGGAGUUCCAUAAAUGGCGAGCAAAUCCUCACAUCAAAACCAUUAGUCAAUGUUGAUCACGAGGAAGAUGAGAGUGAAGAUGAUUUAGCCCAUCUAACUCAUAGGUCUUCAAGAGAGAAUGCGCAAGGGCAGAGUAGGAGGCCUGUCAAUGUGAAAAACGAGCCUGUUGCUAUCAGUCCACUCUUACCUCCACCAUCAUCAUUGCACAAGGUACUACUCCCAGCACAAUCACCACAGAAGGUUGGUCGUAGUGGUAGAACAACUGAUUAUCUCAGUGGAGAUGUUUACGAAUCUAAAGCACCAGAACAACCUCAGCAAUCUGAACCCACUUCAACACCCUCAGUGCCUACACAAAAUUUAUCUUCUCAACCCUGGAAAGAGGAAAGAUCUGAGGAUGCUUUUCAGUUUUCACCAUUCAAAAGAGAGAUGCAUGGGCAAGAUGAGAGCUUUAAGACUGGAGAUAGCAGUGCAAAGACCCCUGCCACCUCUUCGGAGGUGCCAACUACGUCUUUGCCACCUCCUCCAUCCAAGUAUAAUCAGAGGCAACAGUUCUUUGAACAGCAUCAACAGGGUUUACCAGAAGGAACAUCUAACAACGCGGUUCGUUUGGGCCAUUCUUAUGAUGGAUUAAUAGGAAGGACCCAAAAUCUCUCUCUUAAUCUUGAGGACGACAGCUCCUCAAAGGAGGCACAGUACUCUUCAGGUACAAAGAACUUAUCUCAGCCUGCUAAACAGAUGAAGCCUGAGGACAAGAUCUUCAAAGACCUGUUUGAUUUUGCAAAGGCCAAGUCUUCUCCAUCUGCCAAACCUGGAAGCCUCUAGGGCAUCAUGCUAUCAAAGUACAUGUUGACUGGAUUUUUGUUUAGCCUUACACACUGGCUACUGCCGUAGACAGAUGGAUUACAGUGUUUGCUGUAUUUUAUCGUACAUAUGUGGCAUUCUUGUGUUUUCAGUCAUGGUUUGGUAUACUGGAUCGAUGUUGAUUUAUGUUUUGGUAGUACACCCAAUCUUACCAGUGCUGGGAUUCAAAGUCUUGAACAAGUUUGGUGAUGCUUAUGAGGCCAAAUAAGAGAAUGAUCUUAGACUGCAUGUCGAUAGUUGAAGUGUGAGAAUAAUAAGGGAGUAACAAAUUUCUGGUGCCAAUAAAUGGUCUCUGAUUUUUGUUUUGUCGUAUUAGUUAUAAAUUCACUUUCUUUUGUAUCAUUUUCAUCAAUUCAAUCCAGUUAGUAAGA